AGUCCUUGCCACCUCUCUCCAAUCCAGUUACACAUCAUUUGGCGUCUUCCAUGCAGAGUACAAAAGGAGCACAGUGUGUGUCAGUGAGGCCAGCUGGGGGCUAAUUCUGGGGCUGGAUUCCCUUCUUCUCUGCUGAGAGGCAUGCUUGCCAAACUGAAGUGUCCAUAUUUGCCAUUAGCAACAGACAAGUCUUUGUAUGUUUCAGCUGCUUUCUUUUGUUAUUCUCAGGUGCUGGAAGCCUGUAUGAAAAAUUGUGGGAGAAGAUUUCAUAAUGAAGUAGGAAAGUUUCGCUUUUUGAAUGAAUUAAUAAAAGUUGUGUCUCCAAAGUACCUAGGAGAUCGGGUCUCAGAGAAAGUGAAGACUAAAGUCAUUGAAUUGCUGUAUAGCUGGACAGUGGCACUACCAGAAGAAUAUAAAAUCAAAGAUGCCUACUACAUGCUGAAGCGACAAGGGAUUGUAAUGUUUGAUCCUGUCAUUCCUGUGGACAAAAUCCUGAUUCCUUCUCCACCACCUCGUCCCAAAAACCCUGUGUUUGAUGAUGAGGAGAAAUCCAAGCUUCUAGCCAAACUGCUGAAAAGCAAAAAUCCGGAUGAUUUACAGGAGGCCAACAAGCUUAUUAAAUCCAUGGUAAAAGAGGAUGAGGCUCGGAUUCAAAAAGUGACAAAACGUAUGCACACGCUGGAGGAAGUAAAUAACAAUGUGAAACUGCUGAAUGAGAUGUUGGUUCACUAUAGCAAAGAGGACUCAUCAGAGGCUGAUAGAGAGCUCAUGAAGGAACUCUGUGAAAGGUGUGAAACCAAAAGACGGACAUUAUUCAAACUAGCCAGUGAGACAGAGGAUAAUGACAGCAGCUUGGGAGAUAUUCUGCAGGCCAGUGACAACUUAUCACGUGUGAUAAAUUCCUAUAAAAAAACAAUAGAGGGGCAAGUAAUCAAUGGUGAAGUGGAUCUCCGAGUGAUCUCAGGAAUGGAAGGGAGUAAGAACACACUCAUUGACCUUGCUGGACUGGAUGUCACCAGCACUUCAACACCUCCAGUGCCACCCACCACUCUGACACCAGCCCCCACAGCAGCCCCAGUUCCAGCAGAAAUCCCUAUUCUCCCACCUCCUCCACAGACACUUUCACAAUUGCGGAGCAGUUCCUUGGGCCAAGUGGAAGCCGCACCCACUCAGCAGAGCAGCACAGCUAAUUCUCUUUCCUUGCUGGAUGAGGAGCUUCUGUGUUUAGGCUUGAAUGACCCAGCCCCUGCAGCAGGGAAGGAGGCAUCAGAAAAAAAACAGUGGAGCAUGUUUGAGAAUGAGCAGCUGGACCUGGAUUUCUUCAAUCCAAAGACGGUGACUGUUGAUUGCAAUCCUGCAGGGAACCCUCUUCUCCAUCACACAUCGCAGACCACAUGUGGAACAUCAGUGACACUGCCUUCUGCUUUCUCAGUCCCUCACACUGCUCCCAGCAUGCCUGCACCAAACUCCAUACCAUUUGUGUUCUCUGCUGGGCUGGCUGCCCCUGUGGGGCCUUCCAAGACAAUGCCAGCUGUUCCUGGAUACUUAAGCUCAUCUGCAUUGGGACAACUCCUUGAAGAAGCCAAAGGGGCUGCCACGCAAGGCAUGGCAACACCCUCAGUGCUACCUGGGGUUACUUUGCCAGCUCCUGUCACAUCAUCUCCGUUAAUGGCACCUGCUGGGCUGCCAGUCACUGCCCCAGGAACACCCCCAAUUCCUUUCCCAAAUAGCUGCACUGCUGCCUCAGGGAGCUCUCUCUUCCAUCCAGCAUCAUUCCAGCAGCAAGACAGUCCUAUGAAAGCACCUGAAAUUUCUUUGGCCAACGUCCAUGUUCCCUUGGAAUCUAUUAAACCUAGCAGUGCCCUCCCGGUGACAGCCUAUGACAAGAAUGGCUUCCGCAUCCUCUUGCACUUUGCCAAGGAGUGCCCACCAGGAAGGUCAGAUGUGCUGGUUGUGGUAGUCUCAAUGCUGAACACAGCACCCCUUCCUGUGAAGAAUAUUGUACUGCAGGCUGCUGUACCUAAGUCCAUGAAAGUGAAGUUGCAGCCACCCUCUGGCACUGAGCUGUCUCCAUUCAAUCCCAUCCAGCCGCCUGCUGCCAUCACCCAAAUCAUGCUUUUGGCAAAUCCUACAAAGGAGAAAGUGAGGCUAAGAUACAGACUGACCUUCACGCUGGGAGACCAGCUUGCCACAGAGGUUGGUGAAGUGGAUCAGUUCCCUCCAGUGGAGUUGUGGGGGAAUUUAUGACCUUGGAACCUUGGACAGACUGUGACAGGACCCAGAAAGGAUCCCACAGGACUGAAAUGAAUGUGACAGGGGAGGGACGCACGUGCUAUCCACUGGUGAUGUUAAGCUUUGUUUACAUGUCCUGCCCACUCUGCUUGCAGCUUUAGUCCAGAAUGUUGUACCCCACGUUGAAGGGGUCCUGAGACAUCUAUGCCAAGCAUGAACUGAAGGCAGCUGGUAACACAUAGUGCUGGCUGCUUUUAUUUUGGCCUCCAGGUGAAUGGUCCUAUCUUCCACUCUUUUAAACUUGAAGUUACAGUAUUUUGAGGGGAGACCUGUCAACAGGAGAUUUAUGUUAGCGUGUUCCUGUACUGCUGUCCAGAGUUACCUACAUGCUGGUAAUGAUGCUACCCCGAGCUUCCUCAGUGCAGAGCCCUUACAUAUGUCCUCCCUUGGACUUGUACCUCCUCAGUGCCAGACUGGACCUGCUAAGCAUGUUGAGCAAUAAUGCUGGCUCCAUGAGGGAAUGCUUUUUUUUUUUAUUUUUUAUUUUAUGUUUUUUUUAAACACUGAAGUGGUAUUUAGCUCCCUCCAUCUGUUGCAUUUCCAGUGAUCAGUAUAAGCAGACCCCAGCUCUUGUGUUGUGUGACACUGCUGUAUCUUUAGUUAAUAUAUUUAUUUUAUACUGUGGGCUGCCUCCCUGUUGUAUCCAUUUGGGGCAGCUAGGACUGUUUUGUAUGCAAAUGGUUAAACUGUUCUUUUUUUCUGCCUUCGUCGCAUUCCGCAGUGUGGGGAAAAGAGAAGUGUGGUGAGGUGGUAAAACCAAGCAGUGAAGCUGGAAAGUUGUUUUCAGUGUUAGUGGAGGGCAGCACCUGGCAUGCAGAAGUGUCUUUACAGCCACUCACCCAAGGUUGGGGAGAGUGCCUCUCAGGUCCUCUCCUGCAGGCAGUGUUGCUAUAUAGCUGAGUAAUAAGAUGAGUACUGUGAACUACAAGAUGUAAAUAGUGGAGCUGUAGGAUGGCUGAACAGAAACAAGCAGGAAAGGAAAGAAGGCUCUGCUGUGGCAAUGCAUAUGCCCUGUUCUAAUAGUUCUCUAUAUUAAGUGGCUUAGUGCAAUCAUCUCCAGAAGAGGGAGAGUGGUUUUACUGGACAUCAGAAUUCAGUGUUAGCAGGUGGCACAGGAAUUGACUAUAAACUAGGUUUAAGUGACUGAAAGUUGAUUACAGAAGUCCCUUCCUUCUCUCAAAGUUCAAUCUCAAGCAGUGCCUCAAAUAGCUUUGAGACACUGUUUUAAUGUUUGUUUUUAACCACCGCUGACAAAAGCACAGGUAGGAUGGAUCCUUGGACAAAGUGCUGCUGGAAUUAACACAGGCUGUAAAACCAGAACUCAAAUAAUGCUUGGAGUUAGUUAUGUUAUCUUUUCUGUGACGAGAAAUAAAUACUAGAGAUGAAAAAUUCUGUGGAUUUAAAGGCCCGAAGGAUCAGAGAUAUCAGGCAAUUGUGGAAACUCUGAGGGGGAGGAAUCCAAAGCUUUGGCCAAGGACCUUGCUGUAUCCUGCUCUGAAGCUCAUGAGGACACAGCCUGACAAGGAGGGCAGGCAAAAGGGAGUUGCAUCUUUUAGAUUCCUACAGAAAGCAGCAAUUUUAAACUGAUGGACUAUGAUGGAGGACAAGGAAAGAAUUCUUUCUGCCUCGGAAAUGUUCUUGCCACUUCAGGCACGGUCAGGAUAGGGAUAGUAUUUAAGUUCUUAAGUCUGCCCAGUGCUGUAAGCAUACCCUGAAGAAGCAGAUUUCACUGCUUUAGAUGCCUGUAUGAGAAUCUCGCUGUGACUUUGGGGAAGACAGAAGAGCACAAGUGCUUUCUGCAGAAUGGCGCUGUUCUCACUGCUACUGGCAGUGCACCGCGUGUGCUGUACAGCCAAAUGGAAAGAUGGCAUAGUCUUGCUGCGUGGAAAAUGCAUUGUUAUAAGCUUUGGAAAUUAAGCUGUGAAUGAGUGUUCCUUGUCAGUAGGUUGAGGUUCCUGCUUCAUACCAAACAGCCAUUACUGUAAAUACAUCUAAAUGCAUUUGUUUUGCUGCAUGUUAAAUAAAUUGGUUUCCCUACUUUGCUCUGGGGAUAGCCCUUACUGAUGGUUGAUCGUGGAGUAUAACACUGGUUCUGGAACCACUAAGGCUCAAUCCAUCAUCUGAAACCCAUCCAAACUAGAAAACAGCAACUUCUGCCUUUUUGGUUAAAAUGCCAGUGCCUUAAAAGAUAGGUUUGGUUUCAGUUCUGGAUAAUUAGUGGCAUAGCAACUGAAAACACAGAAGGAAGGUCUGUCAGAAGGGGAAGAUGGCCAGACCAAGUUGGAUUAAGCAACCCUAGGAGUCAGCUGUACAAUUUUUAAAGUUCUUUUUUAUGAAAGACAAGAUCACAUCACCAAACAAUAUGCAAAACAAGACCUUUAUUCUUAGAAAACCAGUCAUGUUUAUGUACAAUAAGCCACACAGAGUAAAAUCACACAUUACUGUCUUCAAGAUCCUUCCAAUGUGCCUUCUUUGACAAUGACUCGUGCCAGAUUUCGUGCAAGAGCAAGUCUCAGCAUUUCCACUUUCAUGGUCUCAACAUCAUCAUCCUAAAAGCAGAGUUUGGGUUAGAUCAGCGCAUGCAAUAAUGAGCUGGUUCUCCUUCUGGGUUUUGAAAAACAAAUAUGCAGGUCAUUAAGAGUGAGAAUACGUGUUUACUUGUCAUUGGGAUCUCCACAAAAUGGGUAAAAGCUACAUUUCUUAAUUUUUAAAUUGUCUAAAGACAGAAUUACCAAACCUUUUCUCUUUCUGCCAGACUUCUACAUGUGUAGCAAAGGUCUCCCUGUUCUGUGCCUAGAACAUCCACUAGCCUGAGGUGUCAGAUGACAGCAUCUCAGCUUUCCAUUGUCUAUGUAAUUUCUAAUUAUUAAGAAAUUUGGAAAAAACAUAGCAGUCCAAUCCAAAUCAACAGAACACUCAGGAAUGGAAGUACUGCACUAUUUUUGUGUAUGCUUAAUUAUCGCCUGCUGACACCUCAGUUUGCUGGCUAUUAACAAAGUGCCAGCCUCAGGAACUCAGGCUCUCCCUUGUUUCUGUCCCUGGCUACAAACAAGUUUAGUGCUUUCCUUGACUAUCCCACAACCCCAUUGAUUCAUUAUCCAUUUGUCCUCAAAACAGGAGGUACCUGGAACUUCUGCCUAUCCAGCUUCCCUGCUGUUAGAUCUUCCAGGCAUCGCAUUAGUUCGUAAGUCUGCUCUGCUGAAAAUAUGACCUGUGGAAAUUAAAGUAUUUUCAUUAAAAUAACUUGCUGAAGGACAUCAUACAGUUUAAGAACUGUAUGAUUGAGACGUAUUGAGACGAAAGAGAAUGCAUUCAUACGCCUACAGAUUGAUUCUGACCUUUCAUUCACAGGAUCACAGGACAAUUCAUGGUAGAAAGGGUCAGAAUUAGGGCCUGUAGCAGAAAUCCUAUAUCACAACUUGAAGCAGUGAUGGAGCACCUGUUAGAAAGGCAGGGCCAACCCAGGGGAGCUCAGCUGCAUGCAAUACUGCUGCAUGAUCAAGGGGUGGAGCCAGGAUCCAGCCCUCAUUUAGGGGCUGGCAGUGGAAGUGAGGGUAUCUAUCUGGAGAUCCCUAAAUACCUGAAGCCUUCUGAAGGUAAGUGAAUUCUUUCCUUUGUUUCUAUGUCCACAGCUGCUGUGUUUGAGAAAGUCCUCACUUAUUACUCUGCUGUCAUUGCUGUGCUUUCCAUCAUGUUACAGGGCCCAUCCUGAUUAAUAUCUUUAUUGAUUGUCUGGAUGAGGGGGUUGAGUGCACAUUCAGUAAGUCUGCAGAUAACACCACGGUGGGAGGAGGUGUCAAUCUGCCUGAGGGGACGAAGGUCCUACAGCAGGACCUGGACAGGCUGAUAGCUGGGCUGAAGCAGUGGGAUGAAGGUUCAACAAGACCAUGUGCUGAGUCCUGCGCUUUGGCCACUACAACCCCAGCAAUGCUAUAGGCUCAGUGCAGAGUAGCUGGAAGACCACACAGAGGAAACAGACCUGGGGCUAUUGGUCAAUGCUCAGCUGUACAUGAAGAGCAGCAGAGAGAACAGGGAUGGUUCAGUCUGGUAGAGACUCAGUGAGGACCUUCUCGCUCUCUACACCUACUUGAAAGGAGGUUAUGGUGAGAUGGGGGUCAGCCUCUUGCCCCAGCUAACAAUAAUAGGGCAAGAGGGAACGGCCUCAAGUUGUGCCAGUGGAGGUUCAGGUUGGAUAUUAGAAAAAACUUCUCCAGAAGAGCAGUCCAACACUGGAACCGGCUGACAAGAAAGGUGGAGUCACCAUCCCUGAAGGCAUUCAAGAAACACGUAGAUGUGGUGCUAAGGAACAUUGGCAGUAGGCAGACAGUUGAAUUAGAUUGUCUUAGAAUUGUUAUGGUUGGAAAAGAUCUCUAAGUGACUCUGGAGAAGGUCUAUAACCUCUUGUGCAAAGGGUGAGCUACGAGGUCAGAGUGCAUGCCUCUGCUUUAUCCAAUCCCGGGUCUCUAGUAAAUAAACUUUCAUUUUCUUGAUGAAUCAUAAAGCAAAAAUGUGGCUGAGCAGAAGAAAGCACACUAAAAUAAAGUACCAGAAAGAACUGGACAGCUGUGUACUUAACCCAUUAGCAUGGGUUAUUCUAUUAUUCCACUGCUGCUUUCUAAAAGCAGUGAUUAUCUUAUUCGAAGUUAUUUGUCAUCCUUCUGCCCUCAGUAAGACACUAGGAGUACUAUGCAAUUCUUGAACUGUUAUGAACAGUCCUGGCCUGAGGCCAUUAAGUGUGGAGCGUGACUGCUUUGAGAUAACUUCUCAGGAAUAAAGAAAGGAUGUGGGGUGUCUUUGUUGUGUUCGACCAGCAUGCUCACCUCUUUCUGCUCCAGCAGGGGAAGGGCAUCUGUCAGGAGGGUCAUCCAGAAGGAGCAAGGGGCAAUAUGAGCAGUCAUCAGCAUCAGAAGUAGCCUGGCAGCUUCAGAGAACCUCUUCUCCCCAUACAGACGGUGGAAUUCACGGUACUUGCC